AUGGCCGGGCUCGAAGUGACGACUCACUACAACCUGCCGUCAGAGUUCCCCGAGGAAUGGCCAGCGGAGCUAGACGAUAGCGAUGUUUCGGAGGACGAAUCGAUACAGAAGAGCGGUGCCCCGGCACGGAGGUCGCGGUACUUUGCGCUGGAGCGGGGGGCUGGCGACCGCAAGAGCUUCUCCGUAGGCCUUGGGCCGCAGAAAGGGGGUGACGGACGAGAUAACCCAGUGUCCAAGGAUGAACCCGAUCCUUUGGGGUCGGGAGACAGCGUGGUGAGGAUUCUCAAACAGCGAGGACUGCCCGUCGAAGAAGAUGGCCGUCUACGGAACCGAUUCCUGCUCUCGUCGACUACCUUCUCGCCGGCACUCUUCCUCUCGCAGACGCACUCUUCGGCAUCGAUUGACUCGCUUCUCGAGGGACUGGACUUUCUGUCGCGAUCAAUUGAUAAGAAAUCGGCAUCGUUGAAGGUGCUUGUUGAGGCCAACUUUGAACGCUUCGUCCGCGCAAAGGCCACCAUCGACAGUGUGUACACGGAGAUGAGAAACCAGGGCUCAGAGCAGGAGCAGGCGGCGGCCCCUUUGGCUCACCGCAGGUCGGCGAGCCAUUUCAGAAACUACUCGGGGGGUAGGCCCAGCACGGCGACGACCACUGCUACGGCUUCCAGCACCGGCGCGAAGAAGAAUGCGCUCACCAAGGAAAGCGAAUACGGUAUGAAGGGUAUCCGCACACCACUCGUCGAGGCAUCAAUCAAAGCAGAAGAGCUAUGGGGCCCUGCAUUGGGAGGCCGCGAGCGAGAACAGGUCCUCAAGUCCGUCAUUCUGACGAUGGAGAAGUACCGGGAGGUAUACGAGAUCGGCGGGCAACUUUCAAAAUCUAUCAAGCAAAGCGACUAUGAUUCGGUGGUCGAGCAGUACUCCAAGGCACGCUCGCUAGCAAACGAGGCCAAGAACAUCGCGGACAAGGCGACGAGCAGCCGGCGACCGCUGACCGAGAAGGAGACGCAUAUCAUCCUAGCAACGGGUAGGAUGUGGAUUGAUGUCGACCAACAGAUACGGGCCUUCAAGCGCGAUCUCUGGAAACGGCUCAGCGAUGCGCCCACAACGUCGACGGCCGGUCCCGUGUCUGGGCCGGUGGAAGAGCAUAUGGAGCUUAUCUGUGCUCUACUAGAGCUCGGCGUCGAUGACAAUCCAAUCUGGGUUUGGCUUCUCGGUCGGUAUGAGUUUCUCAAGACCAAAAUCACUCUGUUCUGCGAGCGUGCAAUGGUCGAGAUUGAGAUUUUACGACGCAGACUCGCUGCAGGGGAGAAGCCAACCCUGCAGACAGUGGCCUCGUUUCUUCGGCUAGCACCUCGCGAUGGACGUACGGAAUCAAAUGUGCGGCUGGACACCGAUCCAGUCCUAGAGCUCUGGGAGUGUGUUCACACCUUUCUCAAACGGCUGCUCUCUCUGCAAGGAGGCCUCUUGGGGGAAGUUGUCGACUUUGGGGAGGUGGCAGAGUCCUUCAUGGAUGGAAGCAAGCAGAAGCUUCUCCCCGCUGGCUUCGAAGGGGAAAGUCGUAAGCAUCACCGCCUGUCGUCCGACCGUAUUCGGGAAUUGCAGAAGGGAGUUGUCGAUCUCGCGAAUCUGAUCCGCGAGAGUGUGGUCUCCUUGUUUGCUGAUCCGCCGCUGGAGGACAUCUCCCUUCUCGCCUCGCCCAUCCCGCCACCGAGCCCCGGCAGCCCUGCCAGUCGAGGAGUGACGCCGACGGAAUCACGCUUCAAGCUUGAUCCAAAGAAUUUGCCAGCUCCGACCCCCAAGCGAGGCGAGGCAUGGGAAGACUAUGCGUUCUGGCCGCCAUAUUCCAAUUCACUCAGUGGCGUCUACUACCUCAGUAAAUUCAUGAUGAUCAUUGGCACGGCUGCUAGCGAAAUGGCAGCUCUGCGACCUGUCGCAAGCGGCGGGAACACGCUCGACCUGCUGAAGUCAUUGGUGAGCACGACCCGCGACCGCUCCGCGCGGAUUGCCUGUGCUGCGUGGAAUAAGGACGCAGAGAACUGCAAAGCCCUGGAGGACUGGACGCGGGAUCCCGAGAGCCGCGACCAAACCAAGAUGCCCGGGUUCAUUCUGGCGUUUGAGAGCGCCAUCCUCGGCAGCAUGCAGAAGAUCCUCUACGUCUCCGAGGCCAAGGUCAAAUCCGGCCCGGUCGAUGUUGUCACGCAGCCACCCACCAAACUCCUGCAGACGGUGCGCUCGCAGUUUGUGUCCAGCUUGUACAAAGCUCUCAGCGGGUUAGUGGAAAAUGCCGAGCGCUCAGCGACCCCGGACGGUGACGAUGAAUGGGUGCUUGUUGGACCAGCGCCAGUUGCUGGUACGACUGACGCUGCGCCCACUGUCAUCGCGGUGGACUCUGUCGAUUCACAGAAUAAGAACGUGCGGUUACUGCUCACCCUUUCAAACAUCAAGGCGCUGCAAAGCGAGUUUGUUCCGCAACUAAUCGCCAACUUCGAGACGGCAUUUGCGGUGAAGCUGACCGAGGAGGCAAAGACGAUCCGCGACGUGCUCGGCCAGAUCGAUACACGCCUCUUCCAGUCGUAUACCAAGCCGUACACCAGUCAGCUGGACUCUAUCAUUGCGAGCGGCAUUUCCGCCCCGGACUGGACGCCGACCACCAGCCGUCCAGACCAAGUCCGCCCGUACGUGUACAGCACGCUGCUAGCGCUGGUCCUAGUGCACACAGAGAUCUCGACGACCAUCCCGUCGAGCCUGUCGCCAUCGGCGUCGGCAUCCUCGUCGUCAUCGAGCCGCCCAGUCCCGCCCUCUUCACUGCUCAGCGUGAUUCUCUCUCACCUGCUCACCCAGGCCUCUUCCUCACUGUUGGCCGCGUUUUCCUCGCGGCCCAUGUACUCCCUCGCAGACCUGAUGCAAGCCACGCUGGACACGGAGUUCAUCACGCAGACCAUGUCGCAGUACGGGACCGACGAGGCGUCGACGACGCAGAGCAAGAUCUACGUCGAGCUGGACCGGCGCACGACACAUGAGGCCCGCACGCGGCUGCAGGACGAGCUGGGGGAGAUGCGCGGGGUGCUCAAGCGGCUGCGCGAGCGCACCAAGGGCGAGUUCGCCUGUUUUCGAAAGUCGAGGAGUGGGACGAUCAAGUCGCCUUAA